CCAAAAACUUAGUAAGUGAACCAAAAUCUUGUAAACCUCGUAUUUCUAGUAACACUUCUUCUCCGGUGCGCACCUCUCACGAAUGUACGGCCAACCGCCACGUUUCCGCGGCGGCCCUCGGCAGCCGCCGCCACCCGCAACCGUCCCGAACCCUAACACGUUCUUCCAACCAGGCCCCUCUUACCCUCCCCACAACUUCCAUCUCCCAAACACUGCUUGGCCCUUCCCAGUUCAAAAUCAACCCCGCUUUGCUCCUCCUCCUCCCCCUCCUCAGCCGCAAAACCCGACGGCGCCACCAACUGUCCCGAACCCUAACGCGUUCUUCCCGCAGCCGCAGAACCCCAAACAUGCCAUCGACAUGGCAGACAAAGCCGCCGCCAAGGCCUGCCGCGACUUCCUCGCCGCCGGCGAAUCCGUCUCCGCCUGGAAGGUUUCCCAGAAAGCCCUCUUGACCCUCCAAGUUGAUUCAUGGAACUCCUUGGGAAUUAGAAUGCAGCAGGUUCCCUCACUUCACCGCCUCAUGAUCACUGAGGGCAAGGUGAAUGCUUUUGUGCAUUGCUUUGUUGGGGUCAGGAGGGUCACUACGUUGCAUGAUUUGGAAGUGGAAAUAUGCAAGAAUGAGGGGGUUGAUAGCUUUGAAGAGCUGGGUUUGGGGCCUUUCUUGCGGCACCCGCUAGUUAUUCAUUAUUUCUCGGUUCGGUCUGACGUUACCCAAGUGUGUAAGAUAACCUGUGAGGAAAUAGUUCAGUUGUUGAAUGAGUACAUGGAUCCUACUAAAGUCAAGGUCAGGGUUGAACAGUUUCUGGAUUAUAUUGCCGAGAAGCGAUCGGUUGAAUGCAGGGAACAUCUGGGAAUUCGAAUUCAAAAUUUGGGAAUGUACAUAAAUACCAUUCGGGAAGCUAGAGCAUCAGAGGUAUCCGCACUUCGAAAUUGUUUGAAGACAUUAACAUCGAAAAGUGACAAGAUUAAGAAGCAUCCUAUUUCUUCCUCACAGAAAAAACAGUUAGAUGAACGUUUUAGUGCCAUUGCUCAGCGUGUUGAGUCAUUUUCUUCUGCUGAAAGGUCUUUCUGUGGCAAGCAUGUCAGGUUCACGUCAUCAAGUUCAGAAGAUGAAGGUAGUGAUUAUUCUGCAGAUAAUGAUCAGAAUAACAACCUCCUUGUGGGAAACUGCUCAAACCCAUCUUCUCAGUUUGGCAAAGGUUCAGAACGAGUGAGUAGCUGUCCUUAUCCAUCCGCAGUUGAAGAGAUGGCACGGCUGGGAGGGAAGGGUGAUACGGAGGGUCACUCCCUUGCUAAUAACAACCUUAAAAAUGGGUUUAUGGAGCCUCCUAGAAAGAAAAGAAAAUCUGAAAAUGCAACUUCAACUAAAUCUUCUUCUUUUCGUUAUAAGUCGGUUAAGAAAAAAGAUUUUAUGGUUAGUGCAGCAAAGAUUGAUCUAUCGAUCACUAAUGAAUCUUUGCAGACGUUUGUCACAACCUGGAAGGAAACUUGUCGGGAGAAAAAGGUUGCUGAGGUUUUGGAUAGGAUGCUUCAAUUCCAAGAGGUAAAACCUAAGUGGAGGAAUAAAGUGUUCAAGUUAUUCUCGGCUUACCCUCUCGUUGCCUUACUGAAUGCCGCUGUUUCAUCUAUCAAAUCUGGAAUGUGGGACAGCAUCUAUGAUAGCUUCCAAGCUAUCAACUGUAAUCAAUUAACCAACUCACCAACCAAGAGUUCUGAAUAUGAGACCAUAGAUGUUGGACCUAGCCUGGAAAAUGUAUCUGUCGUAACAAAGGAGGAUAGCGCAGAGAAUACGAAGUAUAUUUCUGCGGAUGAUGUCAUAAAAAAAAUUGGAACCUAUUUUGAAGCUGAUAAUGAAAUAUAUAGAAAUAGUGACUCACUGGUGAAACAUAAAAUUAUAUUGUUGAGGAAGCUUUGCAGCUGCGAAAGUUGGGUUGCUGAGCAGUUUGGUGUGAAGAACUUUGUUUCUCUUGGUUAUGGAGAUUUCUUAUUGUUCCUUGAAAAGUAUGUUCACCUGUUGCCUCAUGAAUUACUCAAUUUGUUUGCUGAUGGCACGCGUGAAAACUCCUCUUACAAGGCCUGCAUGUCCUCAAAUCAGUUGGCUGCUCUGGUGUCUCAGGCUCUUAGUUUGUCGGAAAAUGAAACAGUAACCAAGCAGAUGAUUUCUGUGCUGCUUACAAAGCAAUUUCCUUCGAUUGUUUUUCAAGAUAUGGAAAAUGACUCUCUUGAGAAUCUACUGGGUAUUGUUCAGGAGCUUAAAUCUAGCGUGACUUCAAAAUGUGUUUUAUUUUCUGCAACCAUGAUAGAAAAUAAUUAUCAUGUCGACUCUUUAAGUGAUGGAGAUAACAAUAGGUCUGAAAUCACCCCUGCUAUGAGUCAGAAAACAAGAAGCUGUGAAACUGUUACAGCGAAAAAUGCAAUAGAGAUCUUACUUAAGUCACCUAUGUUGUCCGACUUGAGCAAGUGGUCUCAUUGGGAUCUAAUGUUUGCACCCUCCCUAGGCUCACUGAUAUCAUGGUUGUUGAAUGAUGUAAAUACCAAGGAAUUGUUGUGUUUGGUUACCAGAGAUGGAAAGGUGAUACGGAUAGAUCACUCUGCUACCUUGGACUCUUUCCUAGAGGCAGCUGUUCGAGGAUCCUCUUUCCAAACUGCGGUGAACUUGGUAUCUAUCACUUCACUAUUUGGGGGAGUAAAAUCUGUUCCAUUGUCACUUCUAAAAUGCCAUGCCCGUCAUGCAUUUGGAGUCAUGUUCAGAAACUAUCAAGAAGAUGUUGAAGUUCAUGAUGAUGGAAAAACUCUCCUGUCGAGGUUUGUCCUUGAUUGUCUUGAUCAUCUACCUGCUGAAUUUCAAAGUUUUGCUUCUGAUGUGUUGCGUUUUGGGAUGCAAUCUGUUUUCAAGGAUGCUGCUUCAGCUAUUUUAAAUGAAUGCAGCAACAUGGAGCAACGUCUCAUGCUUCAUGAAGCAGGAUUAUCUCUGGGUAUUUUGGAGUGGACUACUGAUUACAACACAUUUCUUUCAAAAGGAUUUUCUGAUGAUUUCUGGUCUCGUACUUCUUGCUUAAAAGAUACCGUUACUGAAGUGAACACAGGUUUGGAGCAUGACAAAGAUAACCUGGAUAAGUCUUCUAUGCCAGAAGCAAAUAUGGUGACAGCACUAGGGACAUGUGAGCCCAAUGAAAGGUGUACUGAAAUCAAUCAGACUAUUGAUAGAGAAAAAUCUAGUGAUGAAUCUAUCAUUGACUGCCCGGAAGAUUCAUUUCAACAUGGUGAAGAUAUGGAGGCUAGUUUGGUCAUUGAAUCUAUCAGGCGAGAUGAAUUUGGCCUAGAUCCUAGUCUCUCUGAUAUUGAGAGUUGCAUGUUGAAGAAGCAACAUGCUCGGUUAGGGAGAGCACUGCAUUGCCUUUCACAAGAGCUAUAUUCUCAAGAUUCUCAUUUUAUUCUUGAAUUGGUUCAAAAUGCAGAUGACAAUAAUUAUCCAGAGAAUGUGGAGCCGACUCUUGCAUUUAUUCUUCAAGAUUCCCAUAUUGCUGUAUUCAAUAAUGAGCGAGGUUUCUCUGCUCAAAAUAUGAGAGCCCUUUGUGAUGUUGGAAAUUCAACAAAGGAAGGAUCUAAUGCUGGAUACAUUGGGAAGAAAGGGAUUGGCUUCAAGUCUGUGUUCCGAGUCACAGAUGCUCCCGAGAUUCAUUCUAAUGGUUUUCAUGUUAAAUUUGAUAUUAGUGAGGGCCAGAUUGGUUUUGUUUUGCCCACAUCAGUACCUCCUUGUGAUAUUGGGCUGCUCAGUAAAUUGGCUUUUACCGGUACUGAUUCAUAUGAUGAUAAUCCCUGGAACACGUGCAUUCUCCUUCCAUUCAGAUCUUCUCCAUCAAAAGAAACUAUCAGGAAUAGUAUAAUGAAUAUGUUUUCAGAUAUUCACCCUUCAUUGUUACUAUUCCUUCACCGCCUUAAGUGUAUCAAGUUGAGAAACAGGCUUAAUGAUACACUUAUUGUGAUGAAAAAAGAAAUUUCAGGAGAUGGUAUCGUCAAGGUUUCUCAUGGGAAAGAGAAAAUGGCAUGGUUUGUAGUAUCUCAGAAGUUGCAGACUAAUUCCAUUCGCUUUGAUGUGCAAACAACGGAAAUCUCCAUGGCGUUUACUCUGCAAGAAUCAGAUAAUGGUUACAGUCCAUGUUUAGAUCAACAGCCAGUUUUUGCAUUUCUUCCUUUAAGAACGUAUGGCCUAAAAUUUAUUCUUCAAGGUGAUUUUGUUCUUCCCUCAUCUAGAGAGGAAGUUGAUGGAGAUAGUGAAUGGAACCAAUGGUUAUUGUCAGAGUAUCCUAAUUUGUUUGUCAGAGCAGUGAGAGAGUUUUGUGAGCUUCCCUGUUUUAGGAGUGAGCCUGGAAAGGGAUUGUCUGCUUUCAUGAGCUUUGUUCCUUUAGUUGGGGAAGUGCAUGGUUUUUUCUCUAGUCUCCCUCGUUUGAUUGUUUCUAAACUACGUAUGAUGAACUGCUUACUUGUGGAGGGCGACAACAAUGGAUGGGCCCCUCCAUGCAAGUUAUUGAGAGGUUGGAAUGAGCAGGUGCGCAGUAUUCUUCCUGGUGACAUACUUUUUGAUCACCUUGGGCUCAGAUACUUGGAUAAAAAUGUAGUAUUGUCUGAUACACUAGCAAGGGCACUUGGCAUUGAGGAGUUUGGGCCUCACAUUCUUGUGCGUGUCCUGUCAUAUUUAUGUCGCUCAAAGAAUGGUCUGAUAUCAAUGGAUAUGAGUUGGUUAGCUUCUUUUCUUAAUACACUCUAUGGAAUGAUGUUCAAUUCAUCAGGCACAAUGUCGAUCAAUUUUGAAAUAAGAGAAGAUAAUCUAAAAAGUCUUAAGAAAAUGCCAUUUAUUCCACUUUCAGAUGGUACAUAUAGUUCUUUGGAUGAAGGAACUAUAUGGUUGCAUUCCAAUACUUUGAACACAGGGUUUGAGGGUGAGCUUAAAAUUGAAGCUUUCCCUAAUAUAUGUGCUAAACUACGGACUGUAAAUCCUUCCCUUCUUUCUGCAUCUACUGCUACUACAAGCUUGAAUGUGACUCUUUUGGACAAUGUUACCCGGUUACUUCAGAUUAUUGGUGUUCAACAAUUGUCUGUACAUGAUGUUGUGAAAUUGCACAUUUUACCUGUGUUGUCUGAUGAAACUGUGGCAAACCAGAACGGAAUGUUGAUGAUAGAAUAUAUAUAUUUCGUAAUGUUGCACCUUAAGUCUACCUGUUCUGAUUGUUUCAUUGAAAGGGAGCAUAUAAUCUCAGAGUUACGAUGUAAAUCUUUGUUAUUGACAGAUUUUGGUUUUAAAUGUCCUGCCGAAGUACCAAUCCAUUUUUGUACAGGAUUUGGGAAUCCUGUCAAUCCAAAAAGGUUGACUGAUGUUGUGAAUAUGAAGUGGCACGAGGUUGACAUAAGCUAUCUGAAGCACCCAGUAAAUCAGUUGGUUUCAUCUCCAUUGAUGAAGUGGAGGGAAUUUUUCAGGGAAAUUGGCAUCACGGACUUCGCUCAAAUAGUUCAGGUGGAUAAGAGUGUUGUUGAUAUAUGUGAUGCCACUUUUAAGCAGCUGAUGUGGGAUAAGGGUCUAAUAUCUGCUGAAUCAAUUGUCAAAGAUUGGGAAUCCCAAGAAAUAAUGCAAUUAGUAUCUUUAUUGUCUAAAAAUGGUAAUCAAGAGAAUUGUAAAUAUCUCUUGGAGGUUCUUGAUACAUUAUGGGAUGCUUGUUAUAGUGAUAAAACUACAGGUUACUUCCACUCUAAAUCUAGUGGAGAUGCCCAUCCCUUUAAGUCUACUUUUAUAUGUAGAUUGUGUGAUUCCCGAUGGGUGGUGUCAGCCAUGGAUGGUGAGUUACACUAUCCUAAAGAUUUAUUUUUUGAUUGUGAAGCUGUCCGGAUGAUCCUAGGAGCUUUUGCUCCAUAUGCUGUUCCAAAGGUGAAAAGUGAAAGAUUGGUAAACGAUCUUGGGUUUAAAACUAGAGUUACUCUUGGUGACAUUUUGGAUAUUCUUAAAGCCUGGAGAAAAUCAUCAAAGACUUCAUUCAAGGCCAGCAUAAGACAAAUGUCCAAACUAUAUGCAUUCAUUUGGAAUGAAAUGGCAGCUUCAAAGGAGAAAAUCAUGGAAGAAUUUAUGUCUGGACCUUCAGUGUUUAUCCCACAUUCAUCUGUCUAUAGUCAUGAUGAUGGUGAUGUCUGUGGGAUUUUUGUGUAUCCUAAUGAAGUCUAUUGGCAUGAUUCAACUGGCUCUGUUCAGAAAAUGGCAGAGUUUGAUCCUCAAUGCAGCACAUUUGAUUCCCCUAUGAACAAGUCAUUGAGCAAUAUAUAUCCUGGCCUUCGAGGUUUCUUUGUUGAUGAGUGUGGAGUACAAGAGGCACCUCCUCUGCACAGCUAUAUUCAAAUUUUGCUGCAGUUGUCAACUGUUACUUUGCCUUCACAAGCUGCAGAUAAAAUUCUCCAAGUUUUCCUCAAGUGGGCAGAUGGACUAAAAUCCGGUCUAUUGAGUGUUGAGGAUGUCAAAUAUCUGAAAGAAUGUCUUUCAAAAGUAGAAUUUCCUGUGCUUCCCACUGUGCAAGAUAAGUGGGUUUCUUUGCAUCCUUCGUUUGGUCUUGUCUGCUGGUGUGAUGAUGAGAAGUUGAAAAAAGAAUUCAAGCAUUCAGAUAACCUUGAUUUUCUAUAUUUCGGUGAACUAACUGAAGUUGAUAACGAAACGGUGCAAGAAAAUUUUUCCUUCCUCAUGAAAAGUUUAGGUAUUCCUGCUAUCUCAGAGGUUGUAACUCGUGAAGCUAUAUAUUAUGGUCUUGCUGAUUCUAGCUUGAAAGUGUCCAUGGUAAACUGGACUCUUCCAUAUGCUCAGCGCUACAUUCAUAAACUUCAUAGUGAUAAAUAUGGUCAACUCAAGCAGUCUGGUUUCGACUUUUUGAAUCAUUUUAAAGUCAUUGUUGUUGAGAAGCUGUUCUACAGGAAUGUUAUAAAACGCUGUGACAGUGCAUCAAAAAAACGAGUUGAAUGUAGUUGUCUUUUGCAGGGAAACAUUUUGUAUGCCAUGCAAGAAUCAGAUUAUCAUUCCUUGUUUAUGGAGCUUUCUGGUUUGUUAGUUGAUGGGACUUCUGAAUUACACUUGGCAAAUUUCCUUCACAUGAUUACAACAAUGGCAGAAUCAGGUUCCUCUGAGGAACAAAUAGAAUUUUUUGUAUCAAACAGCCAAAAGCUGCCAAAACUUACAGAUGAAGAACCUGUUUGGGAACUAUCUUCACCAGUAGAGACUGUAAAGUCACACCCUUCAGAUGAUGUUCCAUCAACGAAUGAACUGAUAUUUCCAAGAAGGAAGACUGGAGUAUGCUCAAACUGGCCACCUGCUGAUUGGAAAACUGCACCAGAUUUCAAUUAUGCCCGUACCCAUGGCUUCAAGACCAAAUGUGCCCAGAUUAGCAGCACUUCUGAAAUGAUAGAGGGUGUUAAUUCUGAGGGCUUCAUUGCUCCAACAGUUAGUGGUGAACCAGGGUCAGUUGCUGUUGACUGGACUGUUAGAGAUGAUCGACCUGCAAGUUCAAUGGCAUUGGUGAUGCAUGAAAAUAUAAACUUGGAAGAUCAAUCCUACCAUGGUUUCGAUCCUGCUUUUGGUAUUCAUAAUAUUGAAUCUGAUCCUGUUAGUUUAGGUGAAGCUAUGGAUGACUGUGUGGAUGAAGCUCACUUGACUUCACCAUCUUUUAUCAAGAGAGAUCGACUUCAAACCGGUACAUUUGAUGCAGCACAGGCCAUGGUAACUGGUAGAUUAGGCGAAUUUCUCGCAUGCAAGUACUUUGUUGGUAAAGCUGGCAAGACUGCUGUUAGGUGGGUUAAUGAAGUUAAUGAAACUGGACUUCCAUAUGAUAUAGUCAUUGAGGAGCAGGGCAAGAAAGAGUUCAUAGAAGUUAAAGCAACCAGGUCUCCAAGAAAAGACUGGUUCAACAUAACAAUGAGAGAGUGGCAGUUUGCUAUUGAGAAAGGUGAAUCUUUUAGCGUUGCAUUUAUCAGAAUAAUGGCAAAUAAUGUCGCGAGCAUCACCGUAUUUAAAGAUCCAGUGAAGUUAUGCCAGCUAGGUGAGCUGCAAUUGGCUGUUAUGAUGCCAAGGCAACAGAAGCAGCAAGUAUCUGUUAUCUCCUAGCUUCCUCUGAACUUGUAUAUAAACUAUCAUAGCUUAAAAUUUGAAUGAAUAUUUUAUUGCUUUUAAAUUGUGAUCACUUGGUGUCAGAUGAUAAUGAAUUCGACGAUUGAUGUCA